CUCCAGCUAAGUCGGGAUGCAGAUGAAGAUGCUCGCGGUCCUUCUGGCCUCUUGGCUGGCUCUGGCACAAUCGGUCACUCUGGAGCCCAAAGAUGACAGAACAGAGCUGCCGCCACCUGCCGGCCCAGAGGACAUGCUCCAAAAAGAAAUCGAUCUAGGGGACAUUCGGUUUCCGUUUGGUCUCCAGGAAGAAAUAGACCCUUUUGGGACUCCUGUGGAGCAGCGGGAAGUGACUUUUUUGCCGCUGCUGAUCCACGGGGAGCCCCAGACGGAAUUAUCCUCCCUGACUACCAGAGGGCGAAGGCCCUCCGGCCCCGGCUGCAUCCGCGGCGUCAAUUGUGGGGGCCGCCCCCGAUACCCCAGCAACCUGGCCGAAUUUCCACCGGGCCGCCCCAGCCUUGGCAACAUCGGCAACAUCUGUGCAGAAGGGAGGCAGAAGGCGUCCUAUGGGCCCUGGAACCUGCCCCAGUCCAGCUUCAGCCACCUCUACCGCCAGGCAGACGCCCUCAACGACCUGGAGGCUGACCUGAGCCGGUGCUGCCAGCUGCCGGAGGACGAGAAGCUGAACUGCAGCCAGGCCGUGUGGUCAGACGCCUUGGAGAACUUCUGCGAAGCUGAAUUCUCGGUGAAGACCAGUCAUUACUACUGCUGCAAACGGCAGGGGACCCGCAAGGAAAAUUGCUUUGCCAGCGAGGCCCCUUUCCCAAAUUACGACUACGUCAGUGAGGAACCCCAGCGAGGGGAGGAGCCAAGCGACUGCGCCCACAGCGACCCCGCCCAGUGCAAGCCCAAAGACCAAGCCAUGGCUCAGAAGCUCCCCGCCAUCUCCUUCCCCCCGGGUAGACCCAGCGAUGCCAACAUCAGGAACGUUUGCAAGCUGCGCAAAUUCCGGCCCGUUUACCCCGAAGGCACCCUCCCGCAGACUGGCUUCGGCUGGUUUGUACGCCAGGCCCGGGCGAUAAACCGCCUGGAAAAAGAAUUCAAGAAAUGUUGUCGCAAGGAGGACGUCCGCUGUGCCCACCGAGGGUGGGAAAAAGUCCUCAUUCAGUUCUGCAAGCAGGAGAGCUCCGUGAAGACCAGACCCCACUUCUGCUGCAAAGAGGCGGAGGGUGAGGACCGCUUCGCUUGCUUCACCAACCAGGCCCCAUUCCCGGCGUACGACAGGGAGAUUCAGGUGGUCAACCUUGCCGAAGUCACCCCUUCGCUCCUGGACCUGCUGUGUAGCCAGUUCUCCCUUCUUUCCAAGCAGAAACACAUCCCUGCUUUGGUGCAGAACAUCACAGAACCUUGUUGCGAACUGAAGGGGGAUGAGAGGACGCAGUGUGCUCAGGAAGAGAAAUCUCAGUUUAUCAUCACCCUCUGCAACUCCCCAAGAGCCUCAUGGAAGGAUGCUAAGAAAUGCUGCGCUAAAGCCGAGGACGCAGCCCGUAUUGCCUGCUUCGAUUCCACCUACCUGAGCAACGUCACCCUGGCCAGCGCAGGACAGACCCCCCAGCCCACCGAGCCGGCAGAAUAAAUCCGAACGGAUAGUUCCCAUUCUGCUAAAAGACACUUUGC